UGUCUCCAUUCAAUGAUGGGCGUGCCUAACAGUCAGUGCACAGAAACCGAAGCUAACCUGAAUAAACAUCUAAGUUAGCUCACCAGCUAGUUAGCAACUUCUGAAAUGGCGUCGUUAGCGGCGACAGAACCAGCGAUAUGCCCGGGUGCAAUACCGGCAGCAGAGUCCAUAGUGCCCGCUUGUAUGUUUGCACCGGACCGGGGAUGUGCCGACGAUCCAUCCGCUGAAGAGGGCUUCGAGGACGGCGAGGACACAAACGGCGAGUCCGCGGAUCAUUUAGACUUAAGCAGCAAGGUGGUCCUAGUGAGUCCAACAGGACAACAGUAUGAUUCAUUACUACGGCAUCUGAGGGAGCAGAUAGAUGAAGGCUGCGGAGAGACUAUCUAUGUGGUUGGAAUGGGCUCAGAUGGGGGUGACUAUGGUCUGGAUGAGAAGGACAUGGAGGCAUCGGUCGCAACAGUGCGGUCGCUGUGUGAACAGAUUGAGGCUGACCUGAUCUUGCUGAGAGAGAGGACAGACACUGGCGGAAAAAUUCGGGACUACCUCAUCCGCCGGCGGGUGGGAGAGCAGGAUUUCCUGGAAGUCAGAGUGGCGGUGGUAGGGAAUGUGGACGCAGGGAAGAGCACUCUGCUCGGGGUUCUGACCCAUGGUGAGCUGGACAAUGGCAGAGGCUUCGCUCGUCAGAAGCUCUUUAGACACAAACAUGAAAUGGAGAGCGGCAGGACCAGCAGUGUGGGCAAUGAUAUCCUGGGUUUUGACCAGGAGGGACAGGUGGUGAACAAGCCAGACAGUCACGGUGGCGGCCUAGACUGGACAAAGAUCUGUGAAAAAUCAUCAAAAGUCAUCACCUUCAUUGACCUGGCUGGCCACGAGAAGUACCUCAAGACCACUGUCUUCGGCAUGACGGGGCACCUACCAGAUUUCUGCAUGCUCAUGGUCGGCAGUAACGCUGGCAUCGUUGGCAUGACCAAAGAGCAUCUGGGUCUGGCUCUGGCCCUUAAUGUUCCCGUGUUUGUUGUGGUUACUAAGAUAGAUAUGUGUCCAGCCAACAUCCUGCAAGAAACACUAAAAUUGUUGCAGAGGUUAUUAAAGUCACCAGGCUGCAGAAAAAUACCCGUGCUGGUCCAGAACAAGGAUGAUGUCAUUGUCACAGCCUCCAACUUCAGCUCUGAGAGGAUGUGUCCAAUUUUCCAAAUCUCAAAUGUGACAGGGGAGAACAUGGAUCUGCUGAAGAUGUUCCUCAACCUCCUCUCUUCUAGGACCAACUUCAGCAACGAUGAGCCUGCUGAGUUCCAAAUAGACGACACAUACUCAGUACCGGGUGUGGGCACAGUAGUUUCUGGGACUACGUUACGUGGGAUGAUACGGCUCAACGACACGCUGCUCUUAGGCCCAGACCCAUUGGGCACUUUCAUCCCCAUUGCAGUUAAAUCCAUCCACCGCAAGAGGAUGCCUGUGAAAGAGGUUCGCGGUGGUCAGACGGCAUCCUUUGCCCUCAAAAAGAUCAAACGUUCAUCGAUAAGGAAAGGCAUGGUGAUGGUUUCCCCGAAGCUGAUGCCACAGGCCACCUGGGAGUUUGAGGCUGAGAUUUUGGUGCUUCACCACCCCACCACGAUAUCCCCAAGAUACCAGGCCAUGGUCCACUGUGGCAGCAUCAGGCAGACAGCCACCAUCCUGACCAUGAACAAAGACUGUCUGCGGACAGGGGACAAGGCCACAGUCCACUUCCGCUUCAUUAAGACUCCCGAGUACCUGCACUGUGACCACAAACUGGUGUUCAGGGAAGGACGCACGAAAGCUGUGGGCACCAUUACAAAGCUUCUUCAAGCAGUGAACACCCAGGCAGCGAAGGCCCAGCAGUCCAAGAUGCAGGCGAGUAAAAAGAUGUUUAAAGACGGAACGGCAGCCAGUGAGGAGGCUGGAUCAACUGCACGACCGCCUAGCCCUAAUGCAGCACAGCUACCACUCAAAUCAGGAGGCGGAGGACGCAGAAGAGGUGGUCAGAGACAUCGAGGGAAAGGUCUGAACGCUGCAACAAUCUCUACAGCGGUGCCUGCAGGAGCAGCCGGCACAGCCUAAACACACAUCAUCUCAUGUACCUUUUACAGGGAGGGAAAGUGACUGCACGGCCCUCCACUGGAUGCAUACAAGAACAAUAUGCACGUUUCUUUUUAAUGAUAGUUCAACAAUAUGAUCAUUCAGAGUGAUUUUUUUUCCACAUUAAGUCAAUUUAAAGCUUUAUUUGUGUAAUUAUUUGUGGGCUGCCGAGGAUUAUACUGAGUUUUUAUUUAGUUUCAUUGCAGUUUUUCUGCAAUUUGUAGAUUACAUGAUAUAACCUUUUCUAUUUUAAUACAAAAGCUUUGAGGGUGUCCAUCUUGUUUAUAGUUCAUCAGAACGUUUAUAGCAUUAGCUGUUUUCACCAGCCAACAGAGGCAUCAGUCACUUUCCCUGCCUGAACACUCUUUUUUUUUUUUUCUUCUGUUCAUCUUCUUUCCUCAUUGUUCAUCCUCUUGUGUUCACCUUCAUCUGACUUUCAUUAAUGCACCUCUUUCGGACGGCACCAGGGUCGGAGUGUACAUACUGCCAUGUUAGACACAUGAGGAAGAAGACUGUGGUUGAAAACAGUGUUUUUCUUUUGCAAAGCUCCUCAUUGAGAUUGGCAGUUUGUAUUUACACUGGGAAUUGACUGAAUUUAAAGGGAAUUGAUGCCAAUCUUAGGUGUAUUCUUGUCUGUGACAAGAAGAACCUAAAGUGAAAAGUUUGCUUGAAGGCAGGAAAAGAAAUUACAGCAGUUUGUUAAGAUUUGUAGUUAUGUCUGUUUACCUUACCAUUCUAUUGGAUCGUAGCUGAGGUUGUCCUCUGGAAAUCACCUUCUGAAGAUUUGCGUUCCCGGGGUUUGGUGAAUUUUGUUGCCAGGCGACAGAAAAGUUAUUGUCAAGUUAUCGUCCUAUGUUGGACUCGUGGCCACUAUACUGCACUGUUCACCAGUCUUCACAUGUCGUGAAACAUCUCAUAGAUAAAGAGCAAAACAGUCGCUCAUCCAUGUGAUCUAUACUGCAAUAUAAAGGUAAUUUUAUCAUUGUUUUCCCUCCUUUUUGGGCCAGCAUUGCAGGUUAGCUAGAUCCAGAUCAUGCAACCAAGAUAAAGGCCUGACGUGGCCUUGUUUUUUUUUUUAACCAAAAAUGAAUGUCAUCCGUCAGAACGGCACAUCAGUAACCCAAGCAGACAUUUCUUCCAUUUCGAUGCAGUCUGACCCCAAAAAACCCAGAAGCUGAUAAGCACAAAAAUGAUUCAUUCAGCAGUGGUGUUCAACACCUUAAAUGUCAAAAAGCCAAGUAAGAACAUAUUUAAUUCACUUCAAAUUAUGCUUCUGUGACUUGAGUGUCUGCACAUAUCUCUUUGCACUCCAUGUGAAUCAGAAUGUGGCUGCAAAACCGAUAUUCAAAAUCCAAAUGUGUGUUAGACACAAGAAGUCCAUGUUCUCAUGUGACCAGAGAUUAAACAUCUUUUUGGUGCGUACUGUAUCAGUAAUUUACAGAUAUUUUAUAUGAUGAGUUUUUACUCCAGUGGUCAGUCAGCCAGAUAAAAGUGGCAGAAAUUGUGUGAUGUGUUUGUUCAGAUUCUAAACACAGCAGCUGAUAGUGUGCAAGUUAAUGGGACUCUUCUAUAAUAAUAAUUAUUGAUCACCUACAACUAAACUAAAAACUCUGUUUACUUGCCACAUUUUAAUACAGCAACAGACAACCUUUUGUUUGCAUUUUUUCACUGGUUUUAUCAAGUUGUUUGAUGGUCCUCUUCCCAGUUUUGAGAUCAUAUUGGGAGGUAACAAUAAAUUGUUGUUUUUUUCCCAAAAA